AUAUUCGCAAAGUUAUCAUCGCGGGGUAAAAUUACCGCAGCAGAGUCGUUAUGAAAUUAUUACUGUGCACGAUGAUGAUGAUGAUCGCUGCUUCGUGGGCCGGAAGAAUCACCCGAAGUAUCGUUGAUCACACCUUGCAGGAGAAUAACUUUCCGAACUUGCACACAGUCCAUCAUGGCCACGGCGCGACUAGCUAUCAAAACGUAAACAUAGAAAACCGGAACAAGCCGAACACUCGGUCACACAAUCUUCACGAACUGCAGUAUGAAAUUUCGCCUACAAAAGCAUUACCGUUUGUUAUUGUUGACGAUACCGACGAUCUUUUUUUCGCUUCUGACAACGCAGAUCCGUAUACGUCAAAUGAUAUUGAGCACGUUGAAAUCAACAAUAUCGCAGAACCGUUCGCAUACUACGAUCAAUACGAUUUUGACUACGAUUACGGACUUCACUAACAAUAGCAAUCGUGAAAAAUAAUCGAAAUUUGCCAUUAUUCGAAUACGCGCA